AUGUUGGGAUUGCCCGGGAACUACAAGGAUAUUGCGGAUGAAGACGAGAGAGCUCGGCUUCGAGCUCAAGUGGAAAAAUCCAUUGUACUCUGGGCAUAUGAAACCAACACAAAGAGGACAAAUCCAGUCCUCCACGAGAUCUUUGACUUACCUCAAGGGCGUACAAGGAAAGAGACAGUAGCAUUUUCUACAAACACAUGGGAUGACGAUAUCAUACCCUUCAGGCAGUGCCUCAUCCCUGUUGCGCGCCAUUGGGACGAGAUGAAUAACAAGGUUGCUUGUCCGAUUAACGUCACAGACGAGGAACUGAAGACACAUGAUCGAGAGGGAGAAGGUUGGAAUGAGCAAGCUGACUUCUGGGACGCACUGCGAGGGUUUGCGGAGCGUGAUGGCUGGACUUCGAACGAGAAUUACGAGCGUGCACUUGAAACCUUCGCUGAACUUAGAGAGCUUGGAUUACGGGAUCUAACAGGAGAUGAACGAGCGCAUUUUCAAAAGCAAACGCGCUGA